UCGUUUGUAAAUUGUUAUUUUGUAUUCAGUAAAGUAAGUGAAAUAUGGAGCAUAGAGCUUCAACGGCUGAGUCCCCGGGUACAGUGGAAGCCGCAGAGAAUGCAGAGAAUCCAGCCCUCUGUCCAGUGGCCCAGUGCCGAUCCGUGGUGAAGCACACCCACCUCCUGCGGCACAUGAUCAGCGAUCACCUGGAUGCGAGGACACGAACGCUGCCCUUUCAACUGCGCCUGCGCGAAGUGGUCAGUGGGCAGGGCACGCUGCUGAUGCUCACCUACCGCCAGCUGAUCGUCGAUCAUGACCAGUGUUUGGCGGUGCUGAACUGGCGUCCCGACUCGCCAUUCGACCUGGUGCCACCGCAGUUGGACCUGCCACCGUGCCACCAAUCACUGACCCUCAACUUGCCCGUUCUGGUGAUGGUCUGCAGGACCACGUGGAAGGCACUUCUCAGCCAGGACAACGAGGACGGCCAGAAUGGGGAGCACAACAAGGACAGGGAUCUGACCUCCGAAUGGGGCACCGUCUACUUGCUUUGGCUCGUCUCUCCCCUCACCCGACGACCCAUAAAUGCCAAUCUCGCCGUGCUGAAUAGCCAGCUGCAGUGCAUCGUGCGGCGGAAUCGUCGCCGGAUCCGGAACUUUGCCAACCGGAUGCCCAUCAGCCGGUUCAUCAACGGACUGGACCCGUUCUUUGUCAGCCUCAACGAGGAUCAGCUGGACGAAAUGUGCGACGGAAGCGGGCAACAGGCCACCGUCUUCCUGGAGGUCACCAUUGAGGGGGAGUAGCUCCACAAGGAUGUCUUCAAUUUAACCCAUAUACAUAUAUAUUUCAUGUUUGUAAAAUUGUCGUAGUGAUUUCUAAGCAAAUUUUAAAUGUUCUCUGUAAAUUAAUUACU